UCAGUUCUUAGUACUGCUUUGACACUUGUGUUUUCUGUCAGUUUUUAGUUUUUAAAUCGAGGAUUUGUUUGUCAAAAUGCCCAAAGGAGGGAGGAAAGGUAGCAACAAGGGUCGUGUGAGGACGUACACCAGCCCUGAGGAGAUAGAUGCCCAGAUGAAGGCAGAGAAAGAGAGGAAACAGCAAGAGCAGGAAGCAGAAGAGGCGGGAGGUGCAGCUCAGAAUGACAUUGCAGAGGAGAAGCUCCCGGCAUCAGGCUCAGAAGACAGCGAAGAUGAAAACUCAGAUAGGAGGAGAGCGGGUGUGCAGGGCUUGAUAGAAAUCGAGAACCCCAACCGAGUGGCUCAGAAGUCCAAGAAGGUGACGCAGAUUGAGCUGGAUGAGCCCAAGCAGUUAUCAAGGAGAGAGAGGGAGGAGAUAGAGAAGCAGAAAGCGAAGGAGCGCUACAUGAAGAUGCACUUGGCAGGGAAAACAGACCAGGCCAGAGCUGACCUCGCUCGUCUCGCCAUCAUCAAGAAACAGAGAGAAGAUGCGGCGAAAAAGAAAGAAGAAGAGAAAAAAGCAAAAGAUGCAGCGGCGUUGGCGGCGAGAGGAAUAAACUCCCAGUCUAGAAAAUGAUGCAGAGAAUUAAUUAGAUGCUUUUUUUUUUUUACAUAUUGACGGACUGACACAAAAUAUAUAUAUAUUAUCAAUCAAUAAAAACUGCAGAAAUUGAGAUGUUCUACAACUUUUGACCAGUAGUGUGUGUGUGUGUGUAUUUAUAUAUAUAUAUGUAUGCAGGCACGUGCACAGAUAGACCCCUAGUGGUGCUCAAGCACCAGCCCUUUUGCCCUGGAUGAGAAAAGUGCCGUUUCUGCUAGAGCCACAUUUUUUCUUCAUUAUCAGUAUUUAAGAAAUAAAGUUACUCUCUGUCAUCAAGUUCCCCCAAAUGUGUAUGGAUGUCUGUCGGGGCCCUCCCUCCUCCAC